GGGCAUUCCAGGGUGGCGGAAACUCGUGAUAAUGAAAAGAGGACACGCUAGGGAUGAGAAAUGCUCUGUCUGGCCUACUUUGGAAUCCCAUACCACUCUUUGGUGGUAGGUACCUUCUGAUGCCAGGAGCUGAUCUUCUCUUCUUCAAAAUGGUGGGCUCUCACAUGGCUUAUUGUCGCAGAUAUGGUCAGUAUACCAUGAACCCAGAAAGCUCCACCAAAGCUUCAGAGAGACCUCUGUUUGAUCGAUCAAGUUCUCAGGAUUCUUUGGAUGAAGUAUCAAUGGAAGCCUAUUGGACAGAACUGGAAAACAUCAAGAGAUCGAAUGAAAAUCGCCAAGAAGGUCAAGAGGCCAUAGUUGUCAAAGAGCCUGAUGAGGGAGAACUGGAAGAAGAGUGGCUCAAGGAGGCGGGUCUGUCCAAUCUUUUCGGAGAGUCUGCUGAUGACCCGCAGGAAAGCAUCGUGUUUUUAUCUACACUGACCCGGACUCAGGCAGCAGCUGUUCAGAAACGUGUAGAAACAGUUUCCCAGACCUUGAGGAAGAAAAACAAACAGCACCACAUUCCUGACGUCAGAGACAUAUUUGCUCAACAGAGAGAGGCACAAGAAAAAUCUCCAGAUGACUCAGACUUGCGGUCAGUCAGAACAAACGAAAACAAAGGCCAAGGAAAAGAUGAGCAGCCAUCUAGUGGGGCUGAUGAUAACAAGGAGCUGAUCCCACUGGUGCCUGAGGACAUACCUGCCUCUGAAACAGACAUCAAUCUGGAGGUGUCAUUUGCGGAACAAGCUGUCAAUCAGAAAGAGUUCAGUAAGGAAAGGACACAGAAGAUCAAAGGCAAUGAUGCCCCUUUGCCCAGUUUCAGACUGCCAAAAGAUAAAACAGGUACAACGAGGAUUGGAGACUUGGCACCCCAAGACAUGAAAAAAGUUUGCUAUCUAUCUCUGAUUGAACUCACUGCCCUGUAUGAUGUGUUGGGCAUAGAACUCAAACAACAGAAGGCUGUGAAAAUCAAAACCAGAGACUCUGGUCUUUUUGGUAUUCCUUUAACUAUACUGUUAGAACAAGAUCAAAGAAAAGUGCCUGGAACUCGAAUACCCUUGAUCUUUCAAAAACUGAUUUCUCGCAUUGAAGAAGGCGGUCUGGAAACUGAGGGCCUCCUACGGAUACCAGGAGCAGCCAUGAGAAUCAAGAAUCUUUGCCAAGAACUAGAAGUGAAGUUUUAUGAGGGGACUUUCAACUGGGAAAGUGUCAAGCAGCAUGAUGCUGCCAGCCUGCUGAAGCUCUUUCUGAGAGAGCUGCCCCAGCCACUGCUGACCAUGGAGUAUCUCAAAGCCUUCCAGGCUGUCCAGAAUCUUCCAACCAAAAAGGAACAAUUGCAGGCUUUGAACCUCCUUGUCAUCCUUCUACCUGAUGCAAACCGAGACACACUGAAGGCCUUGCUUGAAUUUCUCCAAAGAGUCAUAGAUAACAAAGAGAAGAACAAGAUGACAGCUGUGAAUGUGGCAAUGGUCAUGGCCCCAAAUCUCUUUAUGUGCCACGCGCUGGGCUUGAAGUCCAGUGAACAACGAGAAUUUGAAAUGGCAGCUGGGACAGCAAAUGUCAUGCACUUAUUGAUUAGGUACCAGAAACUUCUAUGGACAAUCCCUAAAUUUAUUGUAAACCAAGUGAGGAAGCAGAAUACUGAGAAUCAAAAGAAGGAAAGGAAAGCCAUGAAGAAAUUGCUGAAGAAAAUGGCUUAUGACCGGGAAAAACAUGAAAAGCAAGAUAAAACUGCAAAUGGUGCUGAUGUUCCUCAGGGAGUGAUUCGAGUGCAAGCUCCCCAUCUUUCAAAAGUUUCCAUGGCAAUACAGCUAACUGAAGAACUAAAAGCCAGCGAUGUACUUGCCAGGUUUCUCAGCCAAGAAAGUGGGGUUGCCCAGACACUCAAAAAAGGAGAAAUUUUCCUGUAUGAGAUUGGAGGAAAUAUUGGGGAACGUUGCCUCGAUGAUGAUACAUACAUGAAGGACUUGUACCAACUGAACCCGAAUGCUGAGUGGGUCAUAAAAUCCAAGCUGGUGUAGACAACUAUCCCGAGGACAUGUCAUCAUUCUUGCUGUGUCAAGAGUGUAAAUAAAAGUAGCAGGUUUCUUAACUAUUCAGCUGUACCCAAUUAUUACAAAGUGACAUCCUCAAGCCUUAAAAUUAUAAAUUUUUUGUGACUUCCACAAUUGUUAAUUAUUAUUAUUAGAAAACAAAUAUUUUUGAAGUAAAUGAAAAGGGGUCUUAGUUACCUUGUGGGCUGUUUAUACACACUUAAAAAUGUGACAGUUUUCUUUUGUAUAGAAUAACUUCUCUACCACUUUUUUUUUCUUUAUGGUACUAGGUAUGGAACAAGAACGUUGCUCAUAGUGGGCAAAUUCUUUAGGACACCUAGUGAUAUCUCUAGCAGAUUAAAUACUCUUUCCUAAUAGAUUUAUGAAUAGAGUUUUGGGUUGAUUACAUUUUAAGAAUGUUGUCUUCCCUUUCUUACCUCUUCUCAUUUACUUUCCCUUAAUAAAAUUUGCUUUUUAACCAGAAAGAGAUAGUUAAUAGCAGGUAUGGAAAGCUAUGAAGGCAAAGAUAACUCAGCAGUAUUCUUGUUACCACAAGAUGUUAGUACUCAUGGCUUCAAAUCAUCUGUCUAUACAAUGCAGGCAUUUAUUUCUUGAGCUUAUCAAACUCAUGUGCACAAAGCUGUAUUCAUUAUCAAGACCCAGACUGCCAGGACCUUCCAAUUAUCACCAAAGUAUUAAAUGCCUAAACACUCAGGGGAAAAGCUGUUUGUGUGUACAACACUUUUUCAGAUGGAAUCUGAAAAGUCACAUAUCAAGUUACUUGGCAACAUUAUACAAACCACAAUAGUACAACCUGGAACCAUUGGAGAAUGCAUUGUAAAAUGCCACUUUCCCUCCUGCCAGAAUGAGUCUACAGGGCAUGACAAUCAUUUAUGUGAACAAGGCUUUGCCUGUGUGUAUAUUUUAAAGAAUCUGAGUCAGUUUGUUAAGAUGCUGUAGAAAGUAUUAUCCCCAGGGCUUUUUGUGCACAGAGCAUACUGUGACAGAACACGGACCUCUGCUGUAAAUAAGAGAAAUGAAAUAUGAGCAAGGUUCACUAUUUUAUAAGGGUAGAGUGUCAUUGACGAGAGGUGGCAUUUGUGGAUGAGGUACCGAUGUGUCAGUGACUCUGUUGGUAGUUCUUUAGGGGAAGCUGUGCAUCCUCAGAAGCUCUUGAUGCCACUCUAGGAAGGAAAGUGCUGUUCACAAGAACAGGGAAUGUCGAGCAUACAGUGACGAGAGUGGCCUGUGGAUGGAUGAGCGCUGUGGUAGCACCAUGGAUGGGUGCUUCGGUAACGCCAUGGGGAUUUGUGCCAUUGCUUUUUGUAUUUAAAGAAAUUUUAUAAUUAAAUGACUUUUUCUAAACAA